AUGUUCGGCGCUUUGAUAUUCGACAACCUUUUGAUCCUGAGCCUGCUAUGCGAGCAUCUCUCCGUCAACGACCUAUAUUCCUGCUGCAAAGUCAACAAAGCAUGGAACACCGUCAGCUUAGCCUAUCUGUGGAAGUCCGUCAAGAUUGUCACGCCCGAACCUCGAUGCGAGUGGCCACCUAGACCGAAAAUGCAGCCUAUCCUUCAGAACGCUCCACGCAUACGGUCGCUCGAUAUUGCCAAUACUCGAGUCCUGGACAAAAUAUUUGAUCCGGUCUACACACCACCCUCGCCCUCGGAUGAUCCACCUGUCGUCUACACCACCGCCUGCACUCGUCUCGAAUCCUUGACCUGCACAAUGAUGUCCCGGGCAGAGAAGGAGAGCGACCUGGAUCGAUUAGAUUGCCCACAGGCAUUGGUGGUCUUGAUUGAACAAACCCCACGCCUUGGACGACUAGAACUCAGGAGCAUGGAUUUUUUCACUUGA